GUGACUAGCAUGCAGAUAACCAUUCUCUGACCUGCUGCCCCUCUUCUGACAUGGCCCACCGCGGUGGGGAGAGGGACUUCCAGACUUCAGCGCGGCGCAUGGGCACCUCUUUGCUCUUCCAGCUCUCGGUGCAUGAGCGGGAACUGGACCUGGUGUUUCUGGAUCACAGCUAUGCUAAGCCGUGGAGUGCCCACCCGGAUGCCAGUAGUGCCCGCCCCACCCGCAUGCUCUUUGUUACUCCUCGGAGGCAGCACGAAAGUACCAUUGAAUCAGAUGUCCCAAUAGACGUGGAGACAGUCAUAUCCACCCCUGUGCCGCUCUACGACAAUCAGAAGGCACGUAGUGUGAUGAAUGAGUGUGAACGGCACGUCAUCUUCGCCAGGACCGAUGCGGAUGCCCCUCCCCCGCCAGAGGACUGGGAGGAGCAUGUCAACAGGACUGGCUGGACCCUGGCCCAGAACAAGCUAUUUAACAAGAUCCUCAAAGCCCUGCAAUCUGACCGGCUUGCCCGCUUGGCCAAUGAAGGGGCUUGUAAUGAGCCCGUGCUGCGUCGUGUCGCUGUGGACAAGUGUGCGAGGAGAGUGCGGCAGGCUCUGGCAAGUGUGAGCUGGGACACCAAGCUGAUCCAGUGGCUGCACACCACCCUGGUGGAAACCCUGAGUCUGCCCAUGCUGGCAGCCUACCUGGAUGCUCUGCAGACGCUGAAAGGGAAGAUCCCCACGUUGAUUGACCGGAUGCUUGUGUCCUCCAACACAAAGACCGGGGCUGCAGGAGCUGAGGCCUUGUCCCUCCUACUGAAGAGGCCCUGGGACCCUGCCGUGGGGGUGCUUUCUCAUAACAAACCAAGCAAACUCCCCGGCUCUCCUCUCAUCCUCAUCGCCUCCUCCGGGCCUUCUAGCUCCGUGUUCCCCACCUCACGCCGCCACCGCUUCUGGCAGUCUCAGCUGUCCUGCUUAGGCAAGGUCAUCCCUGUCGCCACCCACCUGCUGAGCAAUGGGAGUGGAGUGGGGGUGCUACAGUGUCUGGAGCACAUGAUCGGGGCGCUGAGAAGCAAAGUGCUGGAGAUUCACAGCCAUUUCCCCCACAAGCCCAUCAUCUUGAUUGGCUGGAAUACAGGAGCCCUGGUGGCCUGUCACGUGUCGGUGAUGGAGUAUGUCACUGCCGUCGUCUGCCUUGGGUUUCCUCUGCUUACCGUGGACGGCCCCAGAGGGGAUGUGGACGAUCCCCUCUUGGAUAUGAAGACUCCAGUCCUCUUUGUCAUCGGUCAGAACUCCCUGCAGUGCCACCCUGAAGCCAUGGAGGACUUCCGGGAGAAGAUUCGGGCGGAGAACAGCUUGGUGGUGGUUGGAGGAGCUGAUGACAAUCUCAGAAUAAGCAAAGCAAAGAAGAAAUCGGAAGGGUUGACGCAGAGCAUGGUGGACAGAUGCAUUCAGGACGAGAUCGUAGACUUCUUGACCGGGGUACUUACUCGUACUGAGGGGCACGUGGGCUCCGAGCCUCGGGAUCAGGAUGCCGAGAAGAAGAAGAAGCCCCGAGACGUGGCCCGCAGAGACCUGGCCUUUGAGGUCUCAGAGCGGGGCAGUCGACCUGCGUCACCAGCUGCCAAGCUGCCUGCUUCCCCCUCGGGCUCAGAGGAUCUCUCCAGCGUGUCCAGCAGCCCCACCUCCAGUCCCAAGACGAAAGUGACCACAGUGGCCUCUUCCCAGAAGUCCAGUCAGAUUGGAAGCACCCAGCUGCUGAAGAGACACAUGCAGCGGACAGAGGCUGUGCUGGCCCACAGACAAGCCCAAGCUCAGUUUGCUGCUUUUCUGAAACAAAAUAUGCUGGUGAGGAAAGCUCUUCCUCCCGGCACCUCCUCCUGUCUCUUUGUUCCUAUUUCAUCAGAACAAACCGAGGAAGCUGAGAAAGAGGAGCUCAGGGUCCAGCUGAAGCGGCACCAUCCCUCCAGUCCCCUUGCUGGCAGUAAGACCUGCAAGCGGCCGAAGAUCAAGGUGUCCCUCAUCUCCCAAGGGGAUGCAGCUGGAGGGCCUUGCCCCACUUCCUCAGGGGGCGCUCCAGAAGCCGCAGGAGGGAAGCCCCUCACCAUGACGUUGGGACAGGCAUCCACAGGGGCCACAGAACUCACCGGGCUUCUCGCCACAGCCAAGUCAAGUGCUUCUGAAGGGUGUGUCUCGGCCAGCCAGACAUCCUCAGUGGUCUCCAGCAGCGCCUCGCCCAGUGCCUUGCACACGCUCCAGAGCCGCCUGGUGGCCCCUUCUCCUGGCGGCUCCCUCCCAGGGGCCGCGUCAGCCAGCAGCCUUCUCCAGGGCCUCAGCUUCAGCCUGCAGGACAUCAGCAGCAAGGCCUCUGGCCUCCCGGCCAGCCCUUCCCCCGGGCCAGCCCCGCAGGCCACCAGCGUGAAGCUGCCUGCCCCCGUACAGAGCCUGGGCGCCGUCUCCACGGGCGCUGGCAGCAUUGUCCGCGCCGUCCCUGUGGCCACCGCCCUCUCCUCCUUGGGUGCCGCUCCUGGCGGGAAGCCCACAGCCAUCCACCAGCUGCUGACCAACGGGGGCCUCGCUAAGUUAGCAAGCAGCCUCCCUGGCCUGGCUCAGAUCUCUAACCAAGCAUCAGGCUUGAAGGUCCCCACCACCAUCACUCUGACCCUGCGUGGCCAGCCCAGCCGGAUCACCACGCUGAGCCCCAUGGGCACAGGAGCAGCCCCAUCAGAGGAGCCUGCCUCCCAGGCACUGCCCUCCAGCUCACAGCGCCUGCCUCCAGCCCCCUGAGGACACUGUGCCACAUGUCUUCCUUUGCCAGGCUGGUGACGGCUGCUGCACGGUGAGGCCUGGGCGGCGUGCGGUCCUGCUGAGCUGUCCACUUGUCCAAAGACCUCUUUAACACAGUCAUUCUUGCCUCUCUGUCAGCUGUCUUCAGGGCUGGACCUCCAGGUCUUGUGUAAUCAUGAGGCAAGGUGAUACGGCACCAGCAACGGGACCCUGUGCCCCAGUCACCACAGGUCUGAUUCCCAGAAUCUCCAGGUCCUCAGCAGACCUGGUUGGGCACGAAUCUGAGGCACUGCUUCCCCAUCAGGAGCUGUAACUUGACCCAGGAAGCGGUGUCAGACUGCUCACUGCAUUGUGAUAAAGGAGCACCUCUUGGAAGUCUGUGCCUGCUUGCACCAAGUUGGGAGGAGGCAUCUGUGUGGUCCGGGGCUGUAGGAGUUGAGGUCAAGAGCCCUGUGCUGAGGGCAAGGAUCAUCCCGGCCCCCCAGCUGGUGGCUCAGUGCCAGGGGGCUUGUUCUGUCCGUCAUAGUCCACCGAACAGUCGUGGGAGAGGUCUUUCCAGGCAGCACUCACUGUGGGAGCCACGCUGGAUACCAAGUGCCUGCUGAGGCCUGGGGACUCCACUCCAAACCCACGAGAGGGCGCAGAGACCCGGACUGUCCUCUUUGAGUCCCUUUGGCUGCUUACAGACCCGGGGACAGCAGCUGCUGGGAGGAGAGAGCCAGCUUUUCUUUUUUCCAUCAUGUUUGGGCAGUUCUUGUAUUCAGAAAGGCUGAAGAGGACGAAGGAGACAGCAAACAGAGUGACCUGGAGGGCACGUCAGUGGUGAAGAUGCUCGGGGCUUGAGGCUUUGCAUCUGGCAUUGUGGAUGCGACUGGAUACGAGAAUUUGCCGGGCCAGAGGAAAGAAGCCCCAGCCCUGAAAUUUCUGUGCUCAGUAGUAGAGCAGGGACAGCUGCUAAGUGAACAUCUUGGCCGUUCGUCCCGUGGAACUCUGACAUCAGGACGACAGAUGCCAUGCUUCGGUGUUUCUGUUGCAGCUCUGUGUGUGAUUCUCGUCUUCUUGCUCAGAAGUGGGAGGAUGAUCGGCAUUGACUCUCCUGUGCAGGGUGCUCAGUACCAACCUGAGUCCUGGAGGUGGAGGUCCCUGGAGAAGUGAUUACUGAGGAUGGAGCCCUGAGCCCUUCCUUACCUCCUCACGACACUUGUGUGCAAAAGUAUUUUUAGAUUUGGUUUAGAAUCCAGAGCUGGCUUCUUUCCCUGUUGUACUCUAGAAAGUUUCUAACCCAGGUGUAAGGCAUCCCACGUAUGACUCUUCAGUAUCUGUAGGCAGGGAGGAGCCACAGCAUACCAUGGCUGGACCUGUGGUGAGGGUCCUGACCUGGGGGCGGUGUGCAUCCAAAGCAAGCCACCUGUGUUCAGUCCAGGAGCCUCAGUCCAGUCUGAGUGGCAGCCGGGAGGGAGCCUGUGGUAUAGAGGAAUCUCAGACAAGGCAGACGGGGGUGGGGGGUGGGCGUCCAGGCAGGGCCCGGGGCAGUGCACACCCCAGGCGUGGAGUGGGCAGGUUAUACACUGUAACCCCCCCAACCUCCUGCCAAGCUGGUCUCCGAAGUGAGUCACACAGAAUUAGCCUGCAUCCUUGCAUUAGUGGGCAGGUUACUGCUUUCUGAAAUUCAGGCAGCAUUCGGUAAGUUGGAGGAAGAUAUGAAAUGUGAAAAAGACGUCCAGGGUCAGGGGUUUGGUGACUUGACAGGUAAGAUCGUAACACACCAAGAGGAACUGAGGACAGUGAGACCUGUGUGAAGCUUUUAGCAGUCACUCCCGGCAGGUUCCUGAACAACCCAUUCGUGACUUAGGAGUGCAUUCUAGACAGCACUGGGGGGGCUUCUCUGAAAGAUGCUGACCCCGCUGUGGGCUGGGCCAAAGGAGAAGCUGAAAAAACAUCCCGCGUUUGUCUCAAUCCUAGUAAGCUUCCCACGAAUGAUUUUCUGAGGCUUGGCUUAUACACCGGGAAGGAUGCCAAAGCUGGAGAAGGGGAGUAGUGAGAACCUUGGUUCUGCUGCACUGUGGAGGGACGGGCUAAAGGGGGAAGUAGUUGAAGUCCCUAGAAUCAUGCUCCCCGAUUCCAUACUUCUGUAGCCACAUUUCUCGAAGUGGAGAAGGAGCUUUCCUCUGCCAGUCACGUAGCAGACCUAGAGUCCCUGACCUCGGAAGGUGACGCUACUGGCCAAAAGUGUAGAAGGAUCCACAGGGCUUUAGCUGAGUUCUUGGUGACAGGUACGUGCUGACGCCCUGUGAAAGCAGCCUUUGUGUGAAGAUGAGGUCACUGAUGGAGGAAGACCUGUCCUCGGCUCCAGCGCCGGGACAGUCCUGGGCUGGACGGGGUAUCGAGCUGAGCUGCUGGGGCAGUUCUGUUCUCCAUUAGCCAGAACACUUAAAUAAAAACAGAUUUUGGAUUGCUUCAA